GACAUUAGUCGCAAAUCCGCGCAGACGGUAGGAUCAACAAAUCACCAUGGGUCCUUUGUUUUACAAUAUGCUGUUCGGAGCACUAGCACUCGUUACAAACUUAGGCAUUGCGCAAGCGCAGGGCCAGAGGAUGCAACCAAACAUCAAUUCCGGCUCAUCCGGAGUAUCACUAGGCUUCCCAGUGAAUCGCCACAUUGUCAGCACCGUCAACGGACACCUGCUUUCUCUGUCGGCUGAUGAGACUGGUGACAUCUCUUUGGAAGUGAUUGGCUUCGCUCCCAACCGACAGAGAAACCGAAUUCAGACUCCACCAGCAGCUCAGUUCCGACAAGCGGAUAAUUCCUUUCAAGCUAACGGACAAGGAAUGAUGCAAUCGGCGAAUGACGGCGGUCAAGUUUUCCCAUCGGCAGGCGACCAAAGUUCGUUUUCUAAUGUAGCUGGAACUGCUAUGACCAAAUUCGCUCCACCAGGAAUGAAUCAGAUGGCAGGAUCCAAUGACCAAACACCAAUGGGCCCCAACGGAUUAGCUGGAUCGGCUAAUAAUUUCGGCGGCGUUGGCAGUAUGCCCAGCAAUCCAAAUUUCCAACAGCAAGCACCUGGCCAGCCUGAUAACGGACCCAAUGGAUUCGCUGGAUCGCCUAAUGCUUUCGGUGAUCUCGGCCGUAUGCCCAGCAAUCCGAAUUUCCAACAGCAAGCAGGUGCCCAGCCUAAUAACGAACCUCCUUUCAGGAAUGGAGGUGGUUUUGGAAACCAGCAGAGUAGCCCAUUUCCAGCCAACGGAGGACGUGCCAAUUUCCCAAGCAAUCCUCCCCAAAUAACUCCCCAAAUUGUCAGUCCCCAAAUGACUCCCCAAAUCGUCAGUCCCCAACUGACUCCCCAAAUCGUCAGGCCCCAAAUGACUCCCCAAAUAGUCAGUCCCCAACUGACUCCCCAAAUCGUCAGUCCUCAAAAUACAGUCGGCGGAAUGGCCCCAAGUUUGGCUGGAAUCGCUCACAUACUCAGGGAUUCCGACGAAUUUCAAGAUAUUUCGGUGGAAAGAAGCUUCGUUUUGGGCCAGAACGGAAGAAUUCAAUCGACAGUUCAACUUUCCAGGGAUUCAAACGAAUACGACGACGGAUCGCUCGAAGUCAAUUUGAAUUUGCUGCCACAGAUAAGAAGCCUUCUGAAUAAUCAAUUGCAAACCCAGCACCAAGUGGUAAGCAAUAACCCCCGAAUGGUUUUCUUCCACCAAGACGAUCAAGACAACGACAUGUCGCUGGAAUUUCAAGGAAUUCUAACCAAUCCGUGGUUCCAGCAACAGAUUCAAGAAAUCGACGUCCGUUUGAAAAGAGCGCCAGCCGCAAGAAGCAAACGUCUGAUGGAAAAAUACGCACAUGCUCUCGCGUUGUCAUCUCCCUCCACUAAUACCGCACCCGCAACAAUUCAUUCUCCCUUUUUCCUGUCACUUUUAAUCACUUGGAUUUCGUUUGGACUUAUUCUAUAAUUUGGACAUGGGUUCUCCUUUCGGGCAAAAAUGAUGGCUACUUUGGUUAUUCUUGGGUUUCGUGUAUCAUCAAACAAGCAAUUUCCACCGGAUCUUUAGGCUCGUUUGCAUUAUAGACCUUUCUUUUUUCUUGUCCGGCUACUUUAAUACACGGUUUAAUAUUUUA